AUGAGUAAAUUCCGCUCUCGGUUGUACAAAACCGAUCGAGCUCGCGAUUUCGAGCAUGAGCAGGAUCGCCAUGUUCGUAUGCGACAGAUCUACGAGACCAUCGACCGUCAGUCUUAUCAAUGGGUUGUUGUCUUGGUGGCCGGCGUCGGUUUCUUCCUCGAUGGAUAUACGCUGUUCGCAAGUAAUAUCGCCCUCCCGAUGAUCGCUUACGUCUAUUGGCGUGAUGAUAACUCCUCCAUGCGAAUUACUUGUAUCAAUAUCGCUACACUCGCUGGCACCCUCCUGGGUCAGGUCCUGUUCGGGUACCUGGCCGAUCGAAACGGACGCAAAAAGAUGUAUGGUGUGGAACUGGCACUGCUGAUCACCUCAACGUUGGGUGUUUCGAUGUCCUCGAAUGGCCAACAUAAUAGCAUGAAUGUCUUUGCCUGGCUGAUCUGGUGGAGAAUCAUUGUUGGAAUCGGCGUUGGAGCUGAUUAUCCCCUCAGUGCUGUCAUUACUUCUGAAUUCGCUCCAACAAGGCAUCGUGCACGCAUGAUCGCCUCCGUCUUUUUCAUGCAGCCUCUCGGGCAGAUUGCUGGAAACCUAGUGUCGCUCAUUGUCGUAGCUGCCAGUCGCAAGCAGGGAUACGAGGAUCUCACUCGCACCGUCGACGUAAUGUGGAGAUGGGUCGUUGGAAUCGGAGUCGUGCCGGGUGUCAUCGCAACUGUUUUCCGUUUCAUCAUCCCUGAAAGUCCGCGGUUCCUUCUGGAGAUCGAAGACGACCCGGUCCAGGCUGAAUUCGACGCCACAACCCUCUUCGCUGAACCCAACAUCCCUGAUUUUGAAGAAGCCGGCACCACAACCCCCGCCUGGAAUGAACUCACCCUCCCCGCACCUAUCAUCCCCGGUGGUUCCAUCGCACUCACCAACUGCCACUCCCUCGAAGAAAGCGAACGCUGCCCUUCACAAACUGAAAUUCUACAACCCGCCACCCUCAACUCUCACUGGCGCCUCACCCGCCAAGACAUCAUCCAAUACUUUUGGACAGAAGGCAACUGGCGCACUCUCGCUGCCACCUCCAUCUCCUGGCUCCUCCUCGAUUUUGGAUUCUAUGGCAUCGGCCUCUCCAGUCCCCAGUUCCUCGCCAAAACCUGGGGAGACCUGAACAUCCAUGGCUCCUCGCCCCCAUGGCAAACAGACGACACCGGUCACACCUCCGUCUACAAAAUGUUUCUUAACACUUCAACGCACGCCCUCAUAAUUCUCAACACAGGUAGUUUCAUCGGCGGCAUUCUCCUCCUUCUCUUUAUCCACCGCUUGGACCGCGUCGGUCUCCAGAAAUACAGCUUCCUCGCCCUCGCCGCUCAUUUUAUCGCGCUUGGCACCAUGUUCAUUACUGUCCACCAAGAAGGCCCCGUCGCAGUCGUUCUCUACAUCAUUGGCCAGGCGCUCUUCAACUUUGGCCCCAAUGCAACAACAUACAUAAUCCCCGCAGAAAUCUUCCCCACUCGCUACCGCGCCACCUGUCACGGAAUUAGCGCCGCCGCGGGAAAACUCGGCUCUAUCCUCAUCCAGGUCUUCUCCGCAUAUUACAAAUUCGGCUCCGGGCCUGGUGACCAGCAAACCAUCCGCCACGGCUGGAUGCUAAUCGUUUUCAGCGCGUGCAUGAUUCUCGGUGCCGCAGUAACGCACUUCUGGAUUCCGCCUGUGCAGCGCCAGAACGGAAAGGGGAAACUCUGGGGUGGGAAGACCGAAACGCUGGAAACGUUAGGAUUGGGGAGGCAUGGGUGGAAGAGUCGAUAUGCGGUUGGAGUUAGGAGGUCAUAG